GGUUGUCUUUGUUGAAGCCCCGUACUUGAGAUAUCUCGUAGAUUAUUCGACCAUGCGCAUUCAUUCAAGGACUCGAAUAUCUAAGCAAACUGCAUCUCGACGCUGGAUCCAUGUUUACAAGCAUUCGUUUGCAAGAAGGCUGGUCUUUAUUAAUAUGCCUCUAGCUACGCCCUUUCAUAAACGGACCGAAACGAAAACAACGGCAGAAGCCAGGGUCCAGCCGGGCAAGGCGCGUCACGUGACGUGCCUGUCUCGUUAUCAGCUCCAGGGCCCCCAGCCCGUCUCUCUUCAUCACCAUGCUUUCUCUUGACUCCGACCCCCUAGACUACUUACCAUAUAUCGAUGGAACCAUCACAGACACAGAAAGACAGGCCGUGGAGCAGCUCAUCCGCGCCGAAACGCCGGCAGAGCCAGGCAUGCUCCAUUCCCGGCUCGGCGAGUUGGCCCCGCUUUCCGAAAACAGGUCCUUGUUGAUGCGUGACAUGGAGCGCUUCGAGCUCGACUACUCGGACGGCUUGGUGCCGGAGACGUUCGUUUCGGGCGGUGUCUCCAUGGACAGAUAUACCGAUUUCGGGCCCGACCACGACUUCAGCUAUGACCAGAUGUACACGGCCUUGCUGUAUUCGGUCCUACGAGACCGCAAUGCGCAGUUGGCGGCCGAGCACUCUGCAGAGAGGGCACAUGCGCAGAAAGAGGCCUGUGAGAGCAUGAGACAAGUGGAGAGUCUGCAGAGAGACUUGCUUGUGCGGAAGCGAGAGCGCACCGAGGAGCUCAAUCUGGCCAGGGAAGCGAAGCAAAUGCAGUUCCAGCCGGUGGACGGGUAUUUGGAGCAGCGGUGGAAAGACGGGAUUAAGGGCAUCGUGGACACGGGCAUCGAGAGGCACGCCGGCCCGUGAGUAUCUGGCGGGAGCCGAGGAGCACUGUGGGCAGCACGUGUUUCUGCGGUGAGGUAUUUAUUCUAAUGGUAGGAACUUGAUUGUGACGACGGUGGUGAGCUUCGUGUAGAGUGAGGCGCGGCCGAGAGCUGGGGUAUGCGGCGAGAAUAGUAUGUAUAAUCUGGGGCGAUUCCAUGCGAGAAGGGACAAGGUUGGAAGAAGCGGGGAUCCUUGACCUCACGAGGCAUAUGAUCUUGGUCCAGCAAGUUUUGUGCCUGGGCAAGUAUUUGGCAUCCUCAAGUAUUUGGCAUCGUCGAGUAUUCGGCAUCCAGCAAGUCAUUUUCAUUCAACUAGAAGUAUGUGUCAUUCAACUAGCAGUAUUUCUCAUUCCAGCAAUAUUGUCA